AUGGAGGAUGAGAGAUGCAGGAGGAGAGGUAGUCCCAACUGGAGGUGCAGUGAAAGGGCUUUGCCUGGAAAAACACUUUGUGAGAAGCACUUGUUCUGCCAGCUGAUUCGGAAUCGGGUGAAGACGGCGAGGCUUGCGGAGGGGAGAGACGGGGAGGUGGGUCGCCCAAGUGGGAAGCAGAAGCUGGCGGCAGCUGGGGAGGAGAUGGUUGGUGGUGGUGGUAAAGAGGAUCGGGGGUUUUCGGGUGAAAUCCUGGCCGCCGGCGAGGGAGGAGGCGGUGAGGUGGUGGGUGGGGGGGAGAUGCCUGAGGGGUUUGGAGGAGGAAUGUGGGGGUGGUUUGGGGGAGAUGAGGGUGGAAAUGACGGUAAUGCCCUUGGCAGCGGUGGAGUUAUGGGCGGCUCUGCUGGAGACGGCAAUGGUGGGGAAGUGGAUGGUGGAGGGGUCGGUGAGCGCGGGGUCGCGAGUGGAAAUUGGGCUACUGGCCGUGGGAAUGGCGGUGGAGUAGUUGAGAGCGGCGGAGACGGUGAUUGGGUCUCUAGUGGUGGAAUUGGGGGCUGCUCCAGGGAAGAAGCCGGUGGAAAUGGCAGCGGCGAUGUUCGGUUAAUUGAAAGCCUUGCGGGCCAUUCCGGUGGAAAUGAAGGCGGCGGCGAGGAAGUCGUUAAGGGAGGCGAGGACUCUGGUCGGGCUGCCGGCGGUGGAGGACUUGUGGGCUACCCCAAGGAAGUCACCGGUGGAAUUGGCGGCAAUUCCGGUGGAAGUGGCGGUGGAAUUGAGAGUAGGUCCGACGGUAAUGGCCACGGGGAUGAUGUUGGGGAGAAGAAGAAAAGGCGAGGCCGGCCAAGAGGUUCAAAAACCAGAAGGAAAGGUGAAGAAGUUCCGGGUCAGGCUAGGGAGAGCACUGGCGGGAAUGGUGGUGGAAAUGAUGGGAAUGGGUGCAAUGCCAGUGAAAAUAUCGGUGGAGAUGAGAUUGUUGUGUUGAAAAAGCGAAAGCUAGGCCGGCCCAAGGGUUCAAAAACUAGGAGGAACAUUAUCGAUGGUGAGAUAGUUGAGCUCCCAAUCCGUAAUUGGGGUGGAAGUGAAGUAAUUGGUGGCCUAUCCAGUGGGAAUGGCAGGGGUGAAAUUGAAGGAACUGGAGACCUAUCUGGUGGGAGUGGCAGGGGUAGUGGUGAAGGGAUCGGAGGCCUGCCCGGUGGGGAUGGCAGUGGAGGCGAGAUUAUGGUGAAGAGGCGAAAGCUAGGCCGACCUAAAGGUUCAAAUACUAGGAGGAGGAUUCCUGAUGGUAGAGAACUCCAGGUAUGGGCAGGUGAAACAGUUGAAAAUGAUGGUCUGGCUCUUGAUUUGGAAGGAAACCGAUGGAAGUCUGGUGCAUUCCAUGGUGGAAACAAUGGGGAAGGAUGGAAGGUUAAGCAUGGGCGUGGCCGACCAAAAGGGUGGAAGAAGAAGGGUAGGAAGAGGAAGGUUUAUGGUGGAGAACUGCGGGCUUUGGAAGGUGUGAAGAAGAGGGGAAGGAAGAGGAAGAUUGUUGAUGGUGAAGAGCUUUGGGAUUUGAAAGGGUUGGAGAAGAGGGGGAGGAAAGGGGGCAUUUUUUAUGGGAAAGAACUCCAGGGCAGUUCCUGUGAGGCCAGAAUGGUGGAUUUACUUGCCACAUUGCAAAGUUUUGCUCCUUAUAGUGGAGCCGUUUUGGCUGAAUACAUUAAGAAACAAUAUGCAGCAAUUACUAGUGUUCCCUCUAAGCAGAAAGUUUGGCGGCAGCCUGAUUUGGCCAAAAUGGUGGGCCUCCUUGCUACUUUAAGGGAUGUUGUGCCUUAUAGGGGAGAAGUCCUGGCCGAAAAUUUUCUGUACUUCAAAUGGCGUAGUUCAAUUUCUGCAUUAGAGUACCUGGCUCCUUGUAGAGGAGGUGUUCUGGCUGAAUAUUUCAUGUAUCGUGAACGAUCCAGUUCAAUUCCUUAUGAUGACAUCUACAAAUGCGAAUUUGAUGAGGCCCCACUUGUGACUGAAGAGAUUCAGGAUCAGUCUGUUCAAGGUAUUAGAGUAAAUGAAGGUCCCAGUCACAGUGAAGGCAUUGGAGUAGUUGAAGGUCCAAGUUCCACUGAAGGAAUUCAGGGGCAGUAUGGUGGAGCUGCUGGUGGAAAUGAUGGUGGGAAGCUUGGUGCUAAAGAAUUUUUGGGAGGGUUUGGUGCAUUUGCAAGGCAAAAGGAUGGUGGAUAUGGAUUUAGUAGGCUAAAGAACAAAUGCCGCAGACUAAAAGGUUCAAAUAAUGGUGAAGAGAUUGGGGGCUGGUCUGGUGAAGCCAGUAGGGAAAAUGGUCCUCAGAAAGAAAUUCAGGGCUGGUCAAGUGAAGCUUGCUGUCGAAAUGAUGGAGACGAGAUGGUCAGUCUGAGAGGUAGGUGUGACAGGCCAAACAGUUCGGAGGAUUGGAUGAACGAGCUUAACAGGAGUGGUGGAGCAACCUGCACUAUUGAUAGGAGAAGCGAGAUCAUUUCUUCAGAGGGUAAGUGUGGCUGGCCGCAGGUUAUAGAGAACAAAAGGACCAUUCUUGCUGCUGAACAAGACGGGAUCAUUCCUUUUGAAGUCACUGGCUGGAAUGAUAUGGGGGAUGAGACUGAAGGUUUGGAGAAUAAGAAGAGUGGUCUCAUAGCGAUAGAAGAUCGUGGUUUGCCUGGUGAAGUUAUUGGUCGUGAUGAGAAGCCAAAUGAGAUUUUUCGGCAGAAGGCUAAGCGUGGCCGGCCAAAGGGUUCAAAGAACAGGAUUCCAUGUAUCCCUAAAGAAGAACAAAGCCAGGCCACUGCCAGUAAUUUUUUGGGUGGAAAUAACAGCGGAGAUGUGAAUAUUUCUUGGAAACGUAAGCCUGGCCGGCCAAAGGGUUCAAAGAACAAGAAGGUAAUCCUUAAUGGUGAAGCCCUGAACAAGAUUCCAAUGCCGAAUCAGGAACAUCAGAUGCCUGUUUCAAAGAUAGAAGAAGAUCUUAACAAAGAAGGCAGUUUACAGGUUGAGUAUGUGAGGGACUGUGGCAAUGCACAGAUGAGUAAUGGUGAGUUAUUAACUGAUACCGGCAAUGUUCAUAAGAGGCCCAGAGGAAGGCCGAAGAAGUUGAAGGACCAUCGGGGGGAAUCUAACUGCAUUAAAGAGGGAAAAUUCAAUGAGAAUGGAUUGACGAAUUCAGGAUUAUCAGAUGCUAGCAAUGGGAAAAGAGAGCAGAGGAGUUUAAUGUGUCAUCAAUGCUUGAGGCAUGCUAAGAGUGGUGUUGUCGUUUGUUCCAGUUGCAAAAAGAAACGCUAUUGCUAUGAGUGCCUUGCGAAAUGGUACCCGGAGAAAACAAGAGAGGACAUAAGGAAUGCAUGUCCAUUCUGCCGUUGCAUUUGCAAUUGCAGAAUGUGUCUCAAACAGGAUUUAGUCGUAAUGACUGGUCAUGGAGAAGCAGAUACAAAUAUCAAAUUGCAAAAGUUGCUUUACUUGCUAGACAGAACUCUGCCUCUCCUCAGACAUAUUCACGGGGAGCAGAGCUCUGAGAUACAUGUGGAAGCCCAAAUACGAGGUGCUCAAUUGACAGAAGAGGAUAUAAUGAGGUCAAUACUUGACAAAGAUGACCGAGUGUAUUGUGACAAUUGCAAUACAUCCAUUGUCAAUUUACACAGAAGCUGCCCCAAUCCUGAUUGUUCUUAUGAUCUGUGUCUCACUUGUUGCCGGGAACUAAGAAAAGGUUUGCAGCCUGGUGGCAAUGAAGCAGAAUCUUCUCAUCAACAAUUUGUUGAACGAGCGAAUGGUCAAGGUACAGAAGUGAAGGGCAGAAUUCCUGCACAUGAUGAGAGGUAUGGUUGGGAGAGUGAUGGGGCCCACCCGACAAAUAAUUAUGCAGCUGAUACCUGUGACUUUCCUGAUUGGAGAGUGAAUAUGGAUGGCAGCAUCCCUUGCCCUCCAAAAGCACGUGGAGGUUGUGGUACUGAGACACUUGAACUAAGACGUAUCUUUGAACCUAAUUGGGUAGACCACCUGAUCAAGAGUGCAGAGGACCUUACAAUGAAUUUUGGAUCACCAGACAUUGAUUUUUCUCAGGGAUGUUCAUUGUGCCUUCCUACUGCUUCCACAGGAAGUGGAGAAAAACAUUGUGAAGUAAGGCGGGCAGCUUUUAGGGAGAACAGUCAUGAUGACUUUCUCUACUGUCCAAAUUCUGCUUGCUUGGGAGACAACGAAAUUGAGCAUUUUCAAAUGCAUUGGAUGAGAGGUGAACCUGUCAUAGUUAGAAAUGUACUUGAGAAGACAUCUGGUCUUAGUUGGGACCCAAUGGUCAUGUGGAGGGCUUUUAGAGGUGCAACAAAAGUACUAAAAGAAGAUGCUUUGAGCGUUAAGGCCAUUGAUUGCUUCGAUUGGUGUGAGGUUCAGAUUAAUAUUUUCCAGUUUUUUAAGGGCUACUUACAAGGUCGAAGACAUAAGAGUGGGUGGCCAGAGAUGUUGAAGCUGAAGGACUGGCCUCCAUCAAAUUCGUUUGAUGAGUGUUUGCCUAGGCAUGGUGCUGAAUUUAUUGCUAUGCUCCCUUAUAGUGAUUACACGAACCCAAAAUCUGGUUUAUUGAAUCUCGCUACAAAGCUUCCUGAUGUUUUGAAGCCAGACCUGGGACCAAAAACAUACAUCGCUUAUGGGUCUUUGGAAGAACUUGGUAGAGGCAAUUCGGUGACAAAGCUGCAUUGUGACAUUUCAGAUGCGGUAAACGUAUUAACACACACAGCCAAAGUGAAUAUUGCCCCAUUGCAAAGCAAAAUCAUGAACAAAUUGCAGAAGAAAUAUGAAGCUGAGGAUUUGCUGGAGCUCUAUGGUGGGGCACAUGAUGCAUCGGACACAACUGGGAAAGAAACAACAGAACAAUCUCAGAAAGAUGAAACCAUGGAUUGUGAAUAUUCUGCAAAAGAGAACACUGUUGGGAUUGACUCUUUGUUUCUAGGAAGCCUAAAUGAGAAAGAAGAGAAACACAGUGAGCAAGAAGAUAGGAGGACCUUGCCAUUAUUAGAUUCCAUGGGUUUAGGAACUAUGAGUUCAGAUAGAGAUUACAUUCUGGAGGAUCUUGCCCUUGAAAGUACAGUGAUGGUGAAUUGUGAAAAGCAAUCUGUUGGAGAUUUGAAUACGGAGUUUCAGAUUUGUGACCUUGAAAAGCAUGAAUCCAACUUGUCAUUGCUAGAAAAAGAUUGUGGGAUCACACAUGUAUUGGUUAAGAAACAGGCCGAGUUGAAAAGAUGUUCACUACAGUUUGGUGGCUCUGUUGAAGAUAGCUUGUUACAUGAAAGUAUUAAUCUAGAAAAAACCCCACCAAAUGGUCAUGGAAUUGGAAAUUUUUUGGGUAUGAGUGGUAAAGAAGACAGAUAUUACUCCAUGAACAAUCAACCUGAUACAUGCACCAGCUAUAUUGACGGGAGUUCAUCCAUUGUGCGAAACUGCAUGAAUGGGGAGCUAAACAUACAGGGAAUUGAACAACCGGGAUUCAAAGAAUUUUCCUCUUUCAUAUGCAGGGAAGUUGACAAGAGGAAUUUCUCUUUAUCUGGUGAGAUAAAUGUAGAUGCCGACUGUCUUGCUACCAAAGACUUGUGUUGUCCUCAUCAGCUUGGUGCUGAAAAUGGAAUAGCUAAAACAGAUUCAUUUAAUCAAGAAUAUUCUCAACCUCCUAAUGUAGCGUUGAAAAACAAUCUUAACAAUGAAGAUGUUCUAGAUGUGAUUUUCUUAGGCACCGAACGAGAUUAUGAACCAGAGUUGAUGAAGUCAGACCUAGAUGAGAAGGGCACAAGGUUCAACUAUGCUGUCAACUGCAGGGAUGUUACUGAGAGAAAUUUCUCCUUACCAGACCGAAUGGAUUUCAACCCCCACUGUCUUGACACUGAAGAGUUAUGUUGUGCUGAUCGACUUGAUGUUCAGGAUGAAAUAGUCGAGAGAGACUCAGCACACAAGCAAGAAUACGACCAGCCACCUAAUUUGUUAGGUACAAGUAUGCUUAUAAGUGGGAAAGAUGGUUUGCAGGGAAUGUUUUCAGGCAAUUGCUGGGAGAGUGGUCCAAAGCCAGAUACAAGAGUGCUAGAUGUGGGCCCUAACUGCUUUGCCAAAAGCAGGGAUGUUUCUGAAAAGGAUCUAUUCUUACCAGAGGAGAGGGAUAGAGAUCCAAAUUGUCCUGCUGCUGAAGAGUUUUGGUCUGGUAAUGGAUUUGAUGCCAAAAAUGCAAGAACUGAGAGAGGUCUGUGCAAUCAAGAAUAUUUUCAUCUUUCUAAUGAAAAAGCAGAGAUGAGGUUUGUCAGUGAAAAGAGUCCUUUGGAAGCAACCUUUUCAGGAAAUGAAGCAAAUCAUUCAGAAUCAAUGAAGCCUGGUUCUUCCAAUGUUAGAGAUUCCGUUCAAAGCAAUGACCAUUCAGAGGUUGCAUAUGGAGGUGCUGUUUGGGACAUUUUCCGUAGGCAGGAUGUACCCAAGUUAAUUGAAUUCUUGCGGAAGCAUCAGAAAGAAUUUCGCCAUAUCAAUAAUCUUCCUGUGGAUUCGGUUAUUCAUCCCAUUCAUGACCAGACCCUUUAUCUGACUGAGAGGCAUAAGAAGCAACUGAAGGAGGAGUACAAUGUUGAACCUUGGACAUUUGAGCAAUACCUUGGUGAGGCUGUGUUCAUUCCUGCAGGAUGCCCACACCAAGUGAGAAAUAGACAGUCAUGCAUCAAAGUGGCCCUCGACUUUGUAUCCCCCGACAAUGUUCAAGAAUGUAUCCGGUUGACUGAGGAGUUCCGCCUGCUUCCAAAAGACCAUAGGGCUAAGGAAGAUAAAUUGGAGGUAAAGAAGAUGGCAUUAUACGCUGUAAAUGUUGCUGUAGAUGAAGCGAAAAAUCUGAUCUCAAAGCUUGAUUCAACAAAUGUAGGCAAGGAAGACCAGCACCAGAACCAGGACCAGGACCAGGACCAAGACCAGAACCAGAACCAAGACCAGAACCAGAACCAGCUGCUGUAACCGAGAGAAUUUGGCAACAGCCGGAGAAGUGUAUAAGGGUGUAGUUUUUGUGAAUGGGUCUAUAUAUUGAAGGCACUCAUGUACAUAAAGUUUAUAAGGGGGAUCUGCAAAAUUUGAAUAGGGUAGGACUCAGUUUUAUGGCAUUUGUAGUGUUUGGAAAGUAGGAAAGACAGCCUGUUGUGGCAGUUUGUUGUAAUGUACUGAGAACUCUCUGUGUUGUGGUUUUUGACAUUUUGUUGGAGGGAAUGUGCAAUCUAAGUUUUCACCCAUCUUCACCA